AUGGCCAAGAAACAGGAUAAUGCUAGGUCGAGGAAGAACGGUAACUCAUCUUUCAAUCAUAGUGAUAAUAAGAUUUCUAAAAAGCAUAGCAUGAAGAACAAUAUGAAAUCUAACAAGAAGAAAAAUCAAAUGCAAGUUAGACAGUUAGACAAGCUUGACUUGAGCAUAGCGGACAUUGUACCCAAUAAAGCUCAAAAGAAACCGAGGUCAUCUGCCAGUCUUGAAGGUCAAAAGGUCAGAGAGCAUUAUAAGGAAGACAAAGAGGUAGUAAAGAAGCACGAUAAAGAAAAGAAGGCUACUGAAAAGAAAAUUGAAGAUCAGCUUGAGCUGAUAUCCGGCUUUUCUCUAUAA